CAAUGGAGGAACUUCCUCUUUCUUCAGGCUAUUGUUCACACAUAUGUGAUCUCAUGUUUAUCAGUGUCUAUUGGGUUUAAAAGUAACCGGUGCUAUGGACAAGUUCGAAUCGGAGACAAUGAUUUGGAAACGUUCGAUGAUGACAGAUGGGACUUCAACAAUAGCAAAGUGCUUUGCACAACCUCCAGUUGUGGGACAGCAGUAGAGUCACAGAAGACACCCACAUCAAAAGAAACCCCGGAUUUUUUGUGUACGGGAAAUGAAAAAUCUUUUGAUGAAUGUCAGCGCAGGAAUAACAAGACCCAGAGCUCUGCCAAGAAGGCAAUUGUUGUCUGUUCAGAUGCCAUUUCACCACCCAGAAUCUCACUGACUCUUCCUAAUGGGACGUCGAUUAACUCGUCACACGCAGAAAUCCCCAGGGGUUCCAGCUUCUCCAUCAAGUGCGCAACUGACUCAAUGCCCGGCACAUCGAAACGGUUUUUCCUUCAACAUAAAGGCAAUUCUACAGAAAUACCCAAAUUGGAACCCGACCAACAAGCUCUUUUUGACAUUUUCGUGGCUGAUUAUAAUAACGAGGGCAACUAUACCUGUACAUAUGCGGUGGACCUGAAUGGAUCGUAUGAGUCUGCUGAGUCAGCACAGAUUCAUGUCACUGUGAGAGAUCCAUGGUGGAAACUGCUGCUUUACAUAUUGCCUGCUGGGGUCCUGGUGCUUCUCCUGAUGGUUUUGUCGGUCGCCUGCCUGGUCUGCAGAAGAAGAAGAAAGCAGGCUGAACAGCCAAGCGAUGUGGUCUUAAAUCAAACUAAUGUUGCAGUGACGGUUAGAAGAAGUUACACAGACGAUGAGGAAGAAGAAGAAGAGGAAGAGGAAGAGGGGGACUAUGUAAACGUCAAGCCAGCAGAGAUCAACAGUCUGGGAACUGAGGAAAUGGACGAGAAGGACAAUGAUUCACAUGACUAUGAAGACCUGUCACGGGGUAAAAGUGACAGCAGUGAUGAUGAGAACGACUAUGUCAAUCCCAGUAUGGGUCCGGUUGCUGCAAGGGACGGCACAAAAGAACAGAGUGAGGAAGAGGACAGCAGCGACGACGGGGAGGACUAUGUCAACUUAGUGGAACAAACUGUGGAUAUAUACGGAGAAGAACUGGCUAUUUAUGACAACCUUUAGACAGUACAUGCAAGAAAACACAAAAUCUUACCCGGUACUUUUUGCAUAGUUUCUAGAGCAAAUAUCUCCUCAAACUUGAAAUAAGACAAGUAACUUUGAAGCAAGAUAUAAACGCUUGUUUUAGAUAAAUAAUUCCUUCAUACGGAUGAAAACAGUGUAAGACACAAGUGAAUUUUUCUGCCAACAGAACAAGUGCUUUUUCAUUAUUUAUUUUUUACUUAAAACACAAGCCUGCGUGUCGUGCUGAAAAGUUACUUUUGAGUAGGUUUUGUCUCAUUUCAAGCGUAAUAAGAUAUUCACACCAGGAGCCAGACCAGAAUUCCUUGGUAAGAUUUUGAGUUGUUGCAGCGUAGCUUGGAGAAAUCUAACCAAGUACCUCAAUAAUAUUUUCUACCUAAACGCAGUCACAGAUCAGUUCUGCUGUUGAUGUUUAUUAGUGUCGGUCACUACAGACACCACGCCUUUUCCAUGAACAGCCAGAUUUUGAAUUUGAACUCCUUCCUUUUCUGCUUUGCUUAUAAAUGACAGGAUCUAUUGGCAGAAUACUCAGUUGAAAGAUGAGUCUACCCAAUGUAAACACUCAGUUGUACUCAGUCUAGGACUUUAUCUGUCAAAAGUAAGCUGAAGUGAUUAUGUUCCUCUUCAGAGUGCAGCCUUGCUGAGCUCCUCCCCAGGCAAGAGUGCUAAUUUAUAACCCAGCUUUUCUCUGAGAGGUGGGUAGACUGAGAUUAUGAACCAUUUAGGAUAGUUAGCUUAGCUACAGACUACCGUUUACUGGCAUUUAAUGGAUUAAGGAAAAGAUAUUCAUAUAUUUAGCAUAUCCCUGUACCUUUCACCACCUAACAGAUGAGUCAGACAGCAGCAACUCUAACCCUCCUGAUCUGCCCUCUAAGUGCAAUUAAAGCUGCACUGUAACUUUUAUAAAAAUAUACAUUUUUCACAUAAUUGCUAAAACUGUCAUGUUGUGACAGCAUAGUACAAGAUAAUCUGUGAAAAAUCUAUUUCCUCUGCUUUCUCAAAGUGCUAGAAACAACCAAUCUGUGGCAGGAGUUUGUGCUGUCAAACUCAUGUGGCUGCUCAUCCCUAUGCUGCAGCCAGCACCGCUUGUUGUGAAUGCUCUGUCAAGUUAGCAUUGCUACCAAUGAUGGCAGAUAAACAAUUUGUCUGAAAUAUGUUGUUUCUCCACCAUAAGUGAGUGAAUGAGAUUGAAAGAAAAUAAAUAGUGUCAAAAUAACCAGAAUCAGAAGGUCUCACUGUUGAUCAUGGUUGUGAAUGCACUGCUCACAAGCUCAAAAAUCUGUUUUCUGCAACUGUAUAAAUAGCCAAGAAACAGGAACAAGUUUUUCAUUAGGCGUGCUUACUAGCCUGCACAUCCACAGCAGGCUCUGUUGUAGGGGAGACAGUUUAUGACAGAUGAGACUCCAGGCUCAGAUUGGUUCCAUCCAUCAUCUUACAGCCUUAUUGGGGAUAAGGCUGUAGUUAGAUGA